AUGAGGACAUCAUCGCUCACAAUGCUACGGGCUUUGACUGUGCAAACCUUCCCUUCCAAUACUACACCAAUGAAGGUGAACAAGGUGUUCUCUAUCAUGGUAUUUACCAACUUGACCAACAACUCAGAGUCGACCACUUCCAUGAUAGGCUCGGCCUGUGAAAAUACCCCUGGGAAGACAUGGCAGGAAGCUAUUUCGAUUUCACUAAUACCAAGCUCUGCCCCAAGAGCACUUGUCUACUCGAUACAUGAUACUAUUGUCGAUGAUGGAGGGUAUUUGGAGGCCUUCAAGUUCCCGAACUUGUUGCAGUUGGAGCUCAGAUUUGUUUCCUCCACACCAGAGAGUCUUGAUUUCUCCAAGCUUGAAAAGCUUUCACUUGAUUCAUGCCAGAGUACCGACGUGGAGUCAAGGUGGAACUUACCAUGUCUCAAAACGUUAACUGUUAUCCAAAGCUUCGACACUAUCAAUGAAUCUAUUGACUAUCAGGCAACCACGAUAGAAGCAUUGUCAUUAAUUUCCUCGUCCCGGUGGCAUAUGGAAAACCUUUCACUGAAUUCAUUGAAAGGUCUACAAGUGAGCGAUAUUGGCGAAUCUUUCAAGCUAUUAAACGUUGUAAUGCCCAAAGUCGAAGAGAUCUAUAUCACAGAUACUUUUUCCUAUAGUACAAUGGUUCAUUUAUCCUCCAUCGAUGUCCCAAAUUUGCUUGAACUCAAGUUAUAUGAGUACAUCAAUGCUCCUUCUUUGGAGUUUGCAGAUUUGAAUAUCGAUCCUUGCUCUGAUGAUACCACUGGCUUAAUAAAGAUCCUCGAGAAGGUGAAGAACCUGGGCUCUUCCAAUGGUCUUUGGUCAAAACAUAUGCCUAUGCUUGAGAGUAUAUUUCUCGCUGAAUGUGAUGAAGAGGAAUGUGAUGAAGAGGAACGUGAUGAGUUUGAGAAACAGAGCUUCCCAUUACUAAAGAGGUUACAUUCAACCUUCACAUAUUACAAUGAUGAGUUUCCUUCACUGCUACCUGACACGCCAGUGCUGGAGGUAUAUGAAGCAUUUAACCCUCCAGAUCUGGACAGGCUUGACAAGCUACAAGUAUACCAAAACACAUUGAAAGUCAUAUAUAUUAUAGAGGAUCAUGCUUAUCGUACGUUUCCAGCUAGGAGUGCUUUGCUUGCCAAUGUCCAAUUUCCACUCCUGACAGAUUUGAUCUUCAUUGCUCAGUAUUGUCCAUACAUUGAGCUCAGAGGUUGCCAAUUUCCAAAUCUGAAGAUCUUGAUAUUGGAAAAUGAGUCAAAGGCAUUUGGUAUGAAUGCCUCUGAAUUGUCUACGAUUGAAAUACAGACACCCAGCUUGACAAAGCUUCGCAUCAAACGUCUCAGACUUGGUGAUGUUUUCGAAGUCUCAGGGUACCCGAGGUUGACCAGCCUUGCUAUAACGGAAUGUCCCGAUUUGAGAGGAGUUGUAGUGCUCAAGUGCCCUACGUUGACCAACGUCAAGAUUCAUCCUCACAAGCCUCAGCACAACGUGCAAGUUCGUCACGAUGGCUCACUUGAUGGUGUCGAUGUUGAGCCAUUGGAUUGCUUUCAAUUGGAUUGCUUGCAAUUGGCUCGUACCUAAUACACGGUCCCCAUAUAGUCACUGUAGUAUGUAUUGUAGUAUGUAUACC